GGUGACCGGCGUGCGUGAAGAUGGUGGCGGUGCUGCUGGCUUGUUGAAAGAGCGUUUGUUUUGAUCCAGUUUACCGAGAGUUUUGGGGUUUGGGUGAAUCUCUUUCCGGGCUUCUGUUGGUAAAAGGAGUUUCGGGAUGGCGGAGAUGGCGCUGGACGAGCUCAGUAAGCUUGAGUAUCUGUCCCUGGUGUCCAAGGUCUGCACUGAGCUGGACAACCACUUGGGCAUCAAUGACAAGGACUUGGCUGAGUUUAUCAUUAAUCUGGCUGAGAAGAAUAUUACUUUUGAUACUUUUAAAGGAGCACUGGUGAAGAAUGGAGCUGAGUUUACGGACUCACUCAUCAGCAAUUUGUUACGUCUAAUACAGACUAUGCGACCUCCAGCCAAGCCAUCGACUUCUAGCAAAGCUGAAACAGUUAAACCAAGAUCAGAAAAGGAGAAAAUGAAGGAUCUGUUCCCUGCCCUUUGUCUGCCUGAUAACCCGCCUUCUAGGACUUUGCUGGAUGAAGAUGAUAUGAAAGUAGCUGCAGAUGCAUUGAAGGAGCUUGAGGCCCUGAUGCCUUCAAAGAAUGAUAUUAAGAAGAGUAGCAAGCGCAGCUCCAAUGAAAAGGGAAAGAGAAAGAAAAGGAGCCGUAGUCGCAGCCGAGACCGAGACCGAGACCGGAAACGGCAUCGCAGGUCAAGGUCCAGGUCGCACUCCAGAGACCGCAACAAAAGUAAAUCCAGCAGGCGGUCCAGAAGCAGGAGUCGGAGUCCAAGCAGGGAUCAUAAAGAUCGAGUCAGAAUCACUGAAAAAAGUUGUGAGAAGAGGAAAGAGAGACACAUAGACAGGCCCCCACCAGAGGAACCAUCAGUGGGCGAGAUCUACAAUGGCAAGGUCACCAGUAUCAUGCAGUUUGGAUGCUUUGUACAGCUAGAAGGUCUGAGAAAACGUUGGGAGGGCUUGGUACACAUCUCUGAGCUCAGGCGAGAGGGGCGUGUAGCCAAUGUUGCUGACGUUGUUAGCAAAGGUCAAAGAGUUAAGAUCAAGGUGUUAUCAUUCACUGGGUCCAAAACAAGCUUAAGCAUGAAGGAUGUAGAUCAAGAGACUGGAGAGGAUCUAAACCCAAACCGGCGCCGAAACGUUGGCGGAGAAAACAACGAGGAAACUACCAUGAGGAACCCUGACAGACCCAGCAAUCUAUCAUUGGUGAACACCCCUGAGGUUGAGGACGAUGUACUGGAACGUAAACGGCUCACAAAAAUCUCCGAUCCUGAGAAGUGGGAGAUCAAACAGAUGAUUGCAGCAAAUGUUAUCUCAAAAGAAGAGUAUCCUGACUUUGAUGAAGAAACAGGCAUCCUUCCUAAAGUUGAUGACGAAGAAGAUGAGGACCUUGAGAUAGAGCUAGUGGAAGAAGAGCCUCCAUUCCUCAGGGGACAUACCAAGCAGAGCAUGGACAUGAGCCCUGUUAAAAUAGUAAAGAAUCCUGAUGGCUCACUAUCCCAGGCUGCCAUGAUGCAAAGCGCUCUGGCUAAAGAAAGGCGGGAGAUGAAACAAGCACAGCGAGAGGCAGAAAUGGAUUCAAUCCCAAUGGGACUCAAUAAACACUGGGUUGAUCCACUACCUGAUGUUGAUGGGCGACAGAUUGCAGCAAACAUGAGGGGCAUAGGAAUGAUGCCCCAAGACAUACCUGAGUGGAAGAAGCAUGCCUUUGGAGGAAACAAGGCAUCCUAUGGUCGUAAAACUCAAAUGUCUAUUCUUGAGCAGAGAGAGAGCCUACCCAUCUAUAGACUUAAAGAACAGCUGGUUCAGGCUGUGCAUGACAACCAAGUUCUGAUUGUCAUCGGAGAAACUGGUUCUGGUAAGACUACACAGAUCACUCAGUACUUGGCAGAAGCAGGGUACACAACCCGUGGGAAAAUUGGGUGUACGCAGCCAAGACGUGUGGCUGCAAUGUCAGUUGCUAAGAGAGUGUCAGAAGAGUAUGGUUGCUGUUUAGGUCAAGAGGUUGGCUACACCAUUCGAUUUGAGGAUUGCACCAGCCCAGAGACUGUGAUAAAGUACAUGACUGAUGGUAUGUUGCUGAGAGAGUGCCUAAUAGAUCCUGACCUGUCUCCUUAUGCUAUCAUCAUGUUGGAUGAGGCCCAUGAGAGGACUAUCCACACUGAUGUCCUGUUUGGACUUCUGAAAAAGACUGUUAAAAAACGUCCUGAUAUGAAAUUGAUUGUAACAUCAGCCACACUGGAUGCAGUUAAGUUCUCCCAGUAUUUCUAUGAGGCACCUAUCUUCACGAUCCCUGGCCGAACAUACCCUGUGGAAGUGCUUUAUACUAAGGAACCUGAAACCGAUUAUCUAGACGCUAGUCUAAUUACAGUGAUGCAGAUCCAUUUAACAGAGCCACCAGGUGACAUCCUAGUUUUCCUAACUGGUCAGGAAGAAAUUGACACUGCAUGUGAGAUUCUGUACGAGCGAAUGAAAUCCAUGGGUCCUGAUGUGCCAGAGUUGAUCAUUCUGCCUGUGUAUUCUGCUUUGCCGAGUGAGAUGCAAACCAGAAUUUUUGACCCAGCCCCUCCUGGCAGCAGAAAGGUUGUAAUUGCCACCAACAUUGCUGAAACAUCACUGACUAUUGAUGGCAUCUACUAUGUUGUGGAUCCUGGGUUUGUUAAGCAGAAAGUCUAUAACUCGAAGACUGGCAUUGACCAGUUAGUGGUGACUCCAAUUUCACAGGCUCAAGCUAAGCAGCGUGCUGGCCGUGCAGGAAGGACAGGACCUGGGAAGUGUUAUCGAUUGUAUACAGAGCGUGCCUAUAGGGAUGAAAUGUUGACCACAAAUGUUCCUGAAAUUCAAAGAACUAAUCUUGCUAGUACAGUACUGUCACUCAAGGCUAUGGGGAUCAAUGACCUGCUUUCAUUUGAUUUUAUGGAUGCCCCUCCUAUGGAGACCCUCAUCACAGCCAUGGAGCAGCUGUACACAUUAGGAGCACUGGACGAUGAAGGUUUACUGACAAGACUCGGGCGCAGGAUGGCCGAGUUUCCUCUGGAACCCAUGCUAUGUAAAAUGUUGAUCAUGUCCGUACAUCUUGGCUGCAGUGAAGAGAUGUUGACAAUUGUGUCCAUGCUGUCCGUACAGAAUGUUUUCUACCGGCCAAAGGACAAGCAAGCCCUUGCAGACCAGAAGAAGGCCAAGUUCCACCAGGCAGAAGGGGAUCAUCUCACUUUGCUUGCUGUCUACAAUUCAUGGAAAAACAAUAAAUUUUCCAAUCCAUGGUGCUAUGAAAACUUCAUCCAAGCACGUUCCCUUCGCAGAGCACAGGAUAUCCGCAAACAGAUGCUGGGCAUCAUGGACAGACAUAAACUGGAUGUUGUUUCGUGUGGAAAAGCCACGGUGCGAGUUCAGAAAGCAAUCUGCAGCGGUUUCUUCCGCAAUGCAGCUAAGAAGGACCCACAAGAGGGAUACCGUACACUAAUUGACCAGCAGGUGGUGUAUAUUCACCCCUCCAGUGCUCUCUUCAACAGGCAGCCUGAAUGGGUUGUAUAUCAUGAACUUGUCUUAACUACUAAGGAAUACAUGCGGGAAGUGACCACCAUUGACCCACGCUGGUUGGUAGAGUUUGCACCAGCCUUCUUUAAAGUGUCUGACCCAACUAAACUCAGCAAACAAAAGAAACAGCAGAGGCUGGAGCCCCUCUACAACCGCUAUGAAGAGCCCAAUGCUUGGAGGAUCUCCCGCGCAUUCAGGCGACGUUAGGCUGCUGGUCGCCAUAAUUUCUUGGUAAAGAAUGGGUGUUUAGUCCUGACUGGCGGUUUCAAAGAGCAGGUGUUGCAGCAGCUGGGAAUGAGCAAUGAAGGGCAUUUUCACCAUUGGGAGACUUGAGUCGGUUUCAUCUACAAUUCAGAUAUAUUUAUAUUAAGAUUUCAUGUACAUAUAUAUUGUAAAAAAUUGUUUUUUUCUUUUAAGUAUGUAGUAUAUCAAUGACAAAAAUAAAACUAGGCUGUAUAUUUUGUA